AUGGAAUGCACCCCCCUCCGCACCUACGCGAACAUCACGGCGGUCCUCGUCCCCACGGGAUGCCCAUGCACGACCGCCAAAUGCACCCCCACCACGGACCCGGCCACCACCACCCCGGCCGCGGAGAGACCGACGGAGAAGAAACGACGAUUAUGCAAGCCGGGCCGCGUGGCCCUUCCCGCGGAAAGCAUCCCCCCCAGCACCUACGCGGAAAACAAGGCGGCCCUCGUCCCCACGGGAUGCCCAUGCACGACCGCCAAAUGCACCCAAUCUACGGAGGUCGCAGCUUCCACGGCGAGGGCGUACACAGCAGCGGGAGUGAAGGAGAGCGAGGUGCUGGAAUGCACAUGGGCCCAGGUCACCACGCCCACCCUCGUCGCCACACGGAACACCACCACGGCAUGCACCUCCUGGACAGCGACGGAGACGCCGCCGGUAUAGACAUGGACCAUGGCCCCUUUCCGCUCAGGGCAGGACGGCACCCAUACCGCAGCCCCGUCGGUCUACACCAGCGACUGCACGGCCCGCCCCCCGGCCCGCCCGGCAUGGGGGGCGGAAUGCGGUGCGAGGACUUCGGUGACGACUUCCACCCCCGGCAGCAGCACCAUCAGCACCAUCAGCACCACCAGCACCACCAGCACCACCUGCAGCAGCACGGAAGUAUGGCGGCGGGCCCUGGCCACGUUCACCCCUGUCACGAGAGCCCCCCUUUCCCGCCGAUGGUGCCGAUGCAGGCCUACUGAGAAGAACAAGCACCGUGAUCUACGGCUGGUUGAACGAUAUGUUGCUGCUGAACAGAAAGCUACGACGAGGCAGUAGCAUUGACGUGGAGU